CAUCAACUGGUGUCUUUGUGGUGGUGGUCCUCUUCUCCAUCCGGGACAAUCCAGUUCAGUUCGGUUCGGUUCGUCCUCACCCGGCCAACCACACCGUCCUCCGGCUGCCGCGCGAGAGAGCUAGCAAGUGCGAGUGGGCAUGGACCGAUACGGCGAGAAGCAGCAGCAGCAGCUGUUUGCCUCCUACGAGGACGCCUCCCUCCUAGUAGCAGGCAGCGGUGGGGCGCAGGAGGAGAGGCCGAGAGCGCGGAAGAGGCGGCGGCGUGCGGCGAGGUGCGGCGGCGGGGGAGGGGGCGGUGGUGAGGUGGAUGGAGGAGGUGACCCGAAGAAGCGGCGGCUGAGCGACGACCAGGUGGAGAUGCUGGAGCUUAGCUUCCGGGAGGAGCGGAAGCUGGAGACCGGGCGGAAGGUGCACCUCGCCGCCGAGCUCGGGCUCGACCCCAAGCAGGUGGCCGUCUGGUUCCAGAACCGCCGCGCCCGCCACAAGAGCAAGCUGCUCGAGGAGGAGUUCACCAAGCUCAAGCAGGCCCACGACUCCGCCAUCCUCCACAAAUGCCACCUCGAGAACGAGGUGCUGAGGCUGAAGGAGCGGCUGGUGGUCGCCGAGGAGGAAGUGCGGCGGCUCAGAUCAGCGGGGACGACGAGCCACACGGCUUCCGCAGAAGGCGGAGACCUCGUCGGCCGUGGCGUCGUCUGCGCCGGGAGCCCGAGCUCGUCGUUCUCGACGGGUACCUGCCAGCCUCCCGGCGUCGGCGGCGGAGAUCACCUCGGAGACGAUGACCUGAUGUAUGUGCCGGAGUACGGCUACGCUGAUAACAGUGUGGUUGAGUGGUUCAGCCUGUAUGGAUUGAUCUGAAAAGAGGUUGGAUCGGUGAUGGCAUGGCAUGUGCGAAUUUUUAGUUAGUCAUAGUGUUAAUUAAGCUGUGGUGAACUGAUGGUCAUCUCUAAGUGUGUGUUUAAUUAUGUACAUAGAUUAAGUGAUUAAUGGCAAAACUAGCCAUCUAGCUAGCAUGUAUUACUAUUGGUUAUCUCCAAAAAUCAGAUGUGUGU